AUGGCCAAAUUCUCAGUGUCACCGGCAACUCUCUCGCCUCUACGAACAACACUCUCAACACAAUCAUGCUCACCAAUCCGCCUCUCUCUCGGCCAAGUCCGUCAUGCCACAUUCAUUCCUCGACCGCGCCGACCAUACACAUUCACCCAGCUCGUUACUCUAUCCGACGGCUCCUCAUACACCAUGCGAACAACUUCACCACUACCCAUCUACCGCGCUACAAAGGACACACGCAAUACAUUGCUGUGGCAGCCAUCUGAGAAGUCACUCAAGAACGUCGAGCUUGAUGAGGCCGGUAAAUUGGCUGCUUUCCGAGAACGUUACGGUCGUGCAUACGAUGUUUCUCAUGCUGAGGAGGGUGAGAGUGCCGCUGAGACAGCUGAUGAAGGUUAUGCGGAUCUUAUCACUGGAUAUGCGCCAACACAAGAUGCGAAUGCUAUGAGGGAUUCGGGACCUAAGAAGCAGGCCAAGAAGAGAAAGUAA